CUCUGUUUUCGAUAGUAAUAACUUUUCUUCGCAGGACUGGUAUUUUUGGCAUUUCCCAGCAGUGCGGCCGCAUUGAAUCGUUAAAAAGUAAAAAGAGAAGCAACAGCGUGAGGUGUAAAUAAUUUGAUAUUUUCGCCAUACUCCGCAGAUUGAAGAUUCACGCGAAGGCCAAGCCAGGUGUACCAAGUGCGCCAAGCAAUCACGUGGAGAACCAUUUCCAAUGUCAAAUGUAACAACCGAAACACACCAGCCGCCCUGAGGAAGCAGAAGAAAGUGUUCCGAGGUCAACCCACCACCACCAUCACCACCCCCCCGAUUUGUUAUCAUUUCGUUUUCGUUUACUUUUUAACCCUCCGCUCGAGAACGUGGUUUCUUUUGCGACGUGCAAUACUCUGUGGCAGAAGUCUUGCACCGUUCCAAAAGAGAGCAACACGUGGAGCGACGAGCACGGCCGUACAAUACCCAAGUCCGUGGCCACCAAGCUCCAGCGUCUCAAGGCCAAGGCGUCUGCGAGCCAGCACUACGGCGGCACCUAUAGAAAGUCCUCGUCCGCAGCGGCAGCGUCCAACGGCAACCACAGCGAGGGCAGCGACAGGAGCUCAUCCUCUGCGCUCCACGGCGGACAGAGCCAUCAACGCGGUGGCGCCGCCGAGGAGCCCCAGUUUGCUUUGGCGGAUGUGGCCGAGAAGUCAUAUCAAAGCAACAGCAGCAGCAGCAGCCACCUCAACCACAAUAACAAUUAUCAAAAGUCAAACCACACCAGUGCCAAUUACAACCAACACUCCAACAACAGCAACCACCCACAAAGCACCACCACCAACCUGCCUUAUCAGCCCAACAGCAAUACCAACACGAUGAUGAUGACCAAACAGAAGAAUUCGCUGGCCGAGCGCCUCAACAUCGGCGAGGAGGCGCGGGAACUGAAGCUGGGCGCCACCUUCAACCCGAAGAACACCUCGACCGCCUUUCACACUAUCAAAUAUGACUUCAAGCCAGCGAGCGUGGACACCAGCCGCAUGGCAUCUGUGGACGUCGGCUCCAACAAUCAAGUUACUGUUACCGUGCCAAAUUCAGAAAGUUCCGGAGUGCCUCAUACAGUUUAUAAGGGAAAUCAGAGAGAGUAUGCAAAGGAGUGUUUGAUGAUCUACGACAAGGAGACGGGCGCCAUCACCAUAGAAAAGCUAAACCACAAUAUUCAAGUAAAGAAGACCAGGAAUGAAGUCAGCCACAAGUCAGUCCAGCUUCCUGGUCAGAACAUGGGCCAGGGUCAGCCCCACCAUCAGGGUGCGAACGGAGCGGGACCGGCGCCAACAUCAGUACCUGGACAGGGCUCGGGAACGGCACCCAAAAUGGAGAAUAGCACCAUGCGAAUCUCAACCAAGACGAAGGUUUCUACCGGCAGCCGUAGAAACAAUAUUAUUGACUUCAAGCCGCGCAAUUCGCCAAUGCAACAGAACUCACCAUCGCGACCAGUGCCAGUCCACCGCAGUCCCCAAUCUGCGCCGGCUUGGGAUGCUAACAAUGCACAGCAGACGCUGCCCAGCAUUCCCCUGAUCACCGACGACGACGAUUUUGGGUUGAGAGCGGCCCUGCACAACAGCGGACAUGCGAAUACGUCAGGCUCCGCGGCAGGUCAACCGGAUUUCGGCUCUACGUCCUCGUCCACGCACAUUGGCAAGCAGCGGCAGGCUCCUCCGCACGGCCAUGGAAAGCGCCAGCAGAUGCACCAGCGCCUCAGCCCACCAAUGGCUCAGCAGCAGCAACAGCAUCCAUCGAACUAUGGGCGUGGUUACAAUGGUGGGCACAACCACGCACAACAGCAGCAGCAGCAGCAACGGAACUCGCCGCCGCGGCAGCGUCCUUCUGCCUAUGGCCACGACAAUAGCAUGGACGUGGACUCGAGCAGGGAGCAUGAACUGACAUCGCAGUCCGUGGCGCAAGCGGCUGCCGCCUUGGAGCAGCAAAUUGGCGGUGCACUGAGUGCAUCGAGCUCUAGUUCGGAGUCGGAUUCCAGCGACAGUGACAGCGGCAGCGACUCGGAUGACAGCACAGAGGAUGAACGCUCCACGCAGGGCCAGCAGCAGGAUCACCAGCACCAGCAGCAGCAUCAGGUCUAUCAGAAUCACAACCACACACAACAGCAGGUGACGCAGCAGCACCAUAAUCAGCUGCCCAACCUGGGCCUCGGAUCCAUAUCACCAGCAUAUGGCAGCAAUCAUCAACAGCAGCAUCAGCAGCAGAUGCUUCAACAUCAACAGAAACAGAAGCAACAGUCCGGCAUUUAUGCGUCCAAUGGUGGCUUUCCAAACGAUUUCCUACAAAACGAUCUGCAGUUGUCGUCUAAUUCGUCCGACGAUGACGACGAUUAGCCGUUUAAAGUUUGAUCUUAUUUGCCUUCUUUUGACUAAACCAACGACAACAAGAGCAACAACAAUUAUUGAUAUUUUGUCUAUAUGCGUGUAAUUAAUUUGUAAUUAUUGAGAGGUGAUUUUACUUGCUAGUGAAAUUUUUUUUAAAUAAAUUCUUAUUUCUACACCAAGAUAUCCACAAAAAUAUAUUAAUUAAUUUUAAACACUAAUUUUAGACCUUCCAAAUGUGCUGGUAAACAUUGAAUUAAAUCGAAAAAAGAUUAAUCAAAUCAAUCAAAACAAAAUCAUAUACCACAAUCUAAACCUAUAUUUGUCAAUGCAUAUUCGUUUUUAAUACAAACAAAUGAUUAUGUAAAACUUGUUGGAAGACUAAUAAUAGAUCGCACGCAAAUAAAACAUAGAUUUAUACUAUAAAAAAUACCCAAGAGAUAAAACGAACGAUGUAGAGGAUGCAACUGAGGAAAUUAUUUAGUUUGUAAUAAGAAUGCUGCAAAUCAAGUAAAUAUUUUUAAGUUUUACAGAAAAAAGUGACCACUCGGAUUUUUGCCAUUAAUUACGCAUUUUAAUUUAAGCCCUAAAUUCUUAUUAAUAUAUUCAGAUACCAAAAGCGCAAAGAAACAUAUUUCAAAAGAUAUUUUCAAGUGUUAUUUUGUUUUCCCUGACUUCGCUCAUCUUUGUAGUCAAGCUUACUUUAAUCGUUGGCGAUUUAGUUAAUUUAAUGAAAAGUAAAAGCUAUCUGAGUUUUCGUUUUUUAUUAAUUUGUUAGCUAUAUUUAUCACGAAUGUAUUUUUUAGCCCCCUCUCUUUGUUAGUCACAUAAUUGUGCGGUAUGAAGACAUUUGUGUUUUUAGCUCAUGUUUUAUUUGAAUUUAUUUGUAGUUUUUUAAUUAAUUUUUAAUUUAUAUUAUUACGAUUUUGUUAUGAGCUUGCAAUAGUUAAACGCAACGAAAGAAAAUAAAUGUGAAACGAAAUAA